CAUAUUUGACCUUGACAGUGUUUGACAAGUUGUCGUUCGAAAUCUAAAUGUUUCAUCUCUAUGGGUGGUUUGAUUGUUGCCCAGCAAUAUUUCAUUGACUGUAUAGAAUCUCGAAGCCACAACAUCGUGGGCUGUUGGUUAUUUGGAGGUUUCUAUAGCCCACUCCUUUGUGAUGGUUUGUCCUAGUAUGUAUGUCUGAGACUAUUUGAAAGCAGUAAAAUAAGGGAGCAAUGAGUGUUUGGCAUUAUUUCGUGUCCAUCUUAAAAUUUUUACGUAAUUUGCUGCCAGAAGAGAUUUUGUCUUGUUAUAGUGCUGUCUCAUUUUUUAAGAAAUCUACACUGUGUGUCGUGAACACGCCAGUUAACUGAUGUAAUGGACGAAAAACGAGCGAUAAUAACAUAAAAUGUAAAUCAUUUAUCCUUGUACAUUUUCGUUGACCGACCACGUUAAUUUGAUGUAAUAAUAAAAACGGAUUACGAAAGUGUUACAGUGUGUAUAUUUUAUGCGUCGAUUCGUGAGACUGACGAAGAGGAAUCAGUGUGAGUUCUAGCUAGAAAAGCGAGCGAAAGAUGGUGAGUAUAUAGUAAGUUAAUUUUCUAAUAAUUCGAAAAUUUAAAAAUCACAGUAUUGUACGGAUAGCAGACAGGUGUAAGGCAAGCACACCUUGAAACAUGCAUUAGUUCGACUAAAAGGAUUGUAGCGACAAAACAUAUAGGAAAUCCUGAAGCGCUUGACUGAAGUAAAAUGAAAUAGUCCACUGUCAAGCAAAAACAAACUGAGAAUAAAAAAAACUACCACUAGUUGAUAAAAGCAAUCUGAAAAAGUCUGCACAAUACCAAUAAAAACAAAAGAACUCCGUGCCACUCCUGCAACAAGAUAACUGAGACAGCAGUUCUUAAAUGAUCCGCUUUUUUUAAUUUGAGAGGCUUUUUACUUAUUUUUGGUGGGCGGCAGAAUCUUCUAUUGCGUUACUGUUGGCACAAGUUUAUUGAUACCAUACAGUUGUCGUAACACCUUUGUAAUGUCAUUGGACUUCAGCGGUACUCUUCCCAAAUGCUACUUGUCCAAAAGUUUUGGCCAAGUCGGACAUUUUGUUGGCUGUUUUAGAUUUGUUUUCUGAAGGAAAAAUAAAGCUUAACCUAAUUAAUGAUAAAUAUACCGGAUUCAAUCCUAGAGCAAAUUUUUAUUUAUUUGAAUUGGAAUGAACGUUCACGAGCUGCUCGUGUGUGUAAAAAGUGGUAUAAUGUGUUUCAAUCUCCUGUUUUGUGGAGGAAAAUCGUUUUUAAGCCACCUUGUCGUCGACUAACAAAACUUCAGUAUGAUAUUAAAGGCUAUCGUUUGUCUUGGUGAGUCAUACUUAAUUUUUUAGAAAAAGAUAUAAACGUCGUUUAUAGAAUCAAAUAUUUGUUUGUCAUUACCUUGUUUAGUGACCUAACAUUCCCCUACUUUAAUGAUCUCGUCUAAGUUUUUACAUUUAUGUGUAACCUGAAUCAAGGAAAUAUAUACCAGUCCUGUAACUACAGUUGCUUAAAGGCGAUUGGUUGCCAUAUUCGCAACUACAAGUUUUUGAAAACUGAUGACUUGUUCCUACUUAAUCGAACGUUAAACCUUGUUGCAAAGUUUCUUGAAUACAGUUUCAAAUUAGAUGGACAGAAGAAUGAACCUAAUAAUGCCUGCGAUUCAGAUGGCAAUGAAUAUAGUGACCUACCUAAAGAAAUCGAAAAUUUAUCAUAUGGAAAUCUGAACCGUAAUGUAAUGCGUGAAACAGACUAUGGACUUGCUGGUUUCAUUAUUGAAGGUGAUCCAGAUGCCGAAGCUACUCUCAGGUUAAUAUUUGAGCUGCAAGAGCAUGAAAUUCAGGACUUUUCAUCUGAUUUAUCCUCUGAAAAUAGUCAAGCUGAUUUAUUCAAUGAUUUAGAGCAAUUUCAAUCGCAUAGAAUGUCUUCCAUUAGUUAUCCUCCAUCUCAUCGUUAUGAUUGUAGCAGCUUAAAACGCAGUAAAAGCUCUCAGUAUCCCUCAUCUGUGUCAAAUUUCUCACCUUUUCACCACCCACCUAUUGUUCAUUCUUUUGAAUUGGAUUUUAAUUCUGAAGUCGAUGAUUUGCGUGGUCUUGUUUAUGGAACUGGAGGUGCAUUACUGAGAACGAUUAGCCGAGUGGUACGUCAGUUAAGUGAGCUUCAUCGUCUCCAUCUAGUGGAUCUUUUUCUUGUUUCCGAUGACGCCAGACAGUUAGUUUGUGAAAUAAGUGAUGUUGCUUCACAUUGUCUAAAUGAUCUCAAUCUUGUUCACUUCCAUAAGUCAUCUGUCAAUCCAAUAACCGCACAUCAUCGUGAGUACAUCCCAGGUUUUGCAAAUCUAGUCUCUGAUGAACAUCAAACUACUAACAAUGUUUCAAAUAACAAUAGCCACCAAUGUUUCAAUGAAGAUUGGUACCUUUUGGAUCCUCGUUGGCUUAGUGCUCGAUCUCAACGGACCAGCGAUAAUCCUUUGUGUGAUUUGUCUAGUCUUUUCCCUAAAAUUAUACGUCUUACUUUGAGUCCAACUCAGUUAACCGGUUCAAUGCUUCUUCGACUUUUAUAUCAAACUUCGUUGCAUCAAUUAUCUUUAAUUCAAACUGAUUUGACUGUAUUUACCAUACCUCGUUCUGAAAAUCCUCCUGUUCAACGAACUAUUUCAUAUGAUUCUGAUGAUUUAUAUAUGGGAUUUAAUGAAGAUCAAAGUUUUGAUCCUAGUGAUUCAAGUAUGCUGGAUUUGAUUGAUUGGACUGAAGAUGUUCCACGUAUUCGUAGAUAUGGAACUAAUCAAGAUACAACAUCUGGUUGGAAACCGAUACCUUCAAACGUGUGGCGUGCUGCUCUUAUUCUAUGUCCACAUCUUACCAUUCAUUUAAAGUUGGAGUUAGUUGAAGAUUUAACUUGUUUACGGUGGAAAAGUCCUUCAUCAUCUGAUAAAUUCAAUUCAAUUCAUAAUUUACUGUCUUAUUGGCCUGUUCCUCCUGCACCGGUCACUUCAAUCACAUUGAUUCUAACUGGAGAACCUGCAUUUAUGGCUGGUUUAUUAAGUCCACAAAAUACAAUCAAUCCUAUAUCUUAUUCACAAUCACUUACAUCAUUGAUAAUAUUAUUGGAAAAUAUACCUUCUGAAUUGAAUAUAUCUGAUUCAGUUAAACAAUUGAAUGAAUCAUGUAAAGAUAAUCAUUCAUAUGGAUUAGAUCAUGUUCUACAAGAUUUGAUUAAAGCCUGUCCACAUCUUAAUCUACUAGCUCUUGGUGGUUCAAGUGCUUAUGUGCAUAUUUUAACCUUAUUGGUAAUAUGUCGUCAAAGAAAUCAAUGUUGUAAUUCUAUGAAUGAAUGUAAAUAUAGUCCAUUACAAUUAGUUAUCCAAAAAGAAUGUUGUCAGUUAGAUGGUGUUUGUCCAUUAACUGUUCCAGCUACAAUAUCUACAUGGUAUAGUACAAUGAUGACUGAAUCGAUAUCGUCUAGAUUAAGAAUAGCAGAGUGUUGCAUUUGUACUGCAUUAGGUCAACGUCGAUGGCAUUUUUUAACAAAUUCAGAAUUUCAUAAUCAACUUAGUAAUUAUUUGUUAUAAGUUAUUUAUUUACUUAAUAUCUAUUAAUGAGUUGUUUUUCCUUUUGUUAAACAAUGAUUUCCCCUAUCCUACUCACCAUUUCUAGAUUAUUUGAAUUUCUCCAUUUUUUUUCGUUUGCAUCCCUUUACUUGUACCUUCGUGUUUUGCUUAUCCCUAGUCUUUCAUGAACCAUCUUUGAAUUUUUUUUAACACAGACACUAAUAGAAUGAUAUUUACAUGAAUGGGAUAAUUUUUAAAUUUAUCCUAAGUAUAUAAGGAAAAUUUAAUGUUAUCACUAAAUAUUAUUGAACUAAUUUGUCAAUUACAUUGUAAUUGGAUUUUUGCAUUUAUUUUUACCUUUGUGCCUUCCUUUUUGGUAGAUUUUAUCUUUAAUUUAAUUAUAUAUUAUGAUUUCAGUCUGAAUAUUUAUGCUUAUUAAAAAGAAAAUUGUAUUGUGGUUUUCUGUUCUUCAAAAUUAUUUCCACUUACCCACCUACAUACGUACGAAUUUAUAACAAUGAGUUGUGUAGUAAUUACAAUAGAUCAAUUGAAUUUAAGGUAGUUUUGUACUGUAUGAAUAAACCAGAAAGAAUGUACUAAUUAAAUUGAGAAUUCGAAUAGUAAUAUUGAAUUUCCUUUGUAUUUAACUGUUCUGUUCUAGAUUUUGAUCAUGGGACUAUGAACCUUUGCUGGUUAGACUAUAUUAUAUUACCGGGUCAAUCAGAAUAAAUAUAGUAACUAUUAGUUUUUCGUGCUUAGUUCAAAUGACAAUGUUAGAUAUGAUUGUAGGACAGUAGAAAAUUAUUUUAUUUACAAUUCAAAUAACUUUGAACUGAAUAAAAAGGUCUCCUCAGCACUGUGCACUAAAAUGAUAUGACAUUAAACUUAGAUUACACGGAACGAUUGCUCCUUCUAGUGAGGAGUUUCUUUGCUUUCCCUUUGUUUGAAAUAAACUCAGUUAAGUGGUGUUAUUAUUGACUUAUUGAAUUACAGACAUCCAAAUAUUUGAAGAAUGAUAUCCCGAAGACAGUUGUAGAAAUAGACGAUAGUAGUGGAGCGAAAUAUAUGUGGACGUGAGGAUGGAUUAAGGAACAUGAGACUUUGGAAGUGACUAUCUAGAAGUUAAGACGGGUCUUAGCCACAAUAUUUGGCUGGGUUCCUCUAGCUACUUGUUUCAGUUAAAAAUAAAAGGUCAGAGUUAAUGUCGAAUGUUGACAACGCUGUUUAUUUUGUAAAGUUACUUGCCACUGUGGAUUCUUGAUUCUGACGACUUGUGUCCUCAUUGGUUAAGAGUCAGUUUUCAGAGUUGCCUAAUUUCAGCGGGAUUAUACUUUAACGGUGUGUUUAUCAUGAGCGGCCACCAUCCACUUCGAUAUCAAUUUCAGAUUUGACUAUACUUAAGUUAGAUGGAGUUUUAAGGUAAUUCAAUUUAGAUAAUAUGUAUUGAUAAAGUUCUCAGUUGUACGUUAGAGUUUUGAUAGCCAUAGAAAUGUAUAGCAGUCCAAACUAUAUUUAAGUUAUAUAUUCAUAUAAUACCUGCUUUAAAAAAUAAACAAAUGUGUUUUCCUUUUGCUUUUCUUUAACAUUUCCUUUAGUUUAUUGUAUCGAUUUAUGUACUUUAUGGCUGGAACAUGGUUCAAUAGUCUAUUAAGAGUUUUAACACAAUUUGUCCCAACACUCACUCACUGGAAGAGACAGAGACUGAAGCAGAAAACGAAGGAACUAUGUAAUGUUUUUAUCCCAACAGCUUUUCUUGUUCAUCAUACGAUUUAUUGGUUUAAGAGUAGAUAACUAUGUGCUGCUCUCAGGAGUGUCUAAUGAUGGCUAGGUCGUUGGGUUUAAGCU